AACCUCGUUUGGGACAUAACUUGAAAUUUUUCUUCCAAGAUGGCAGCUAUCGUAAGGAGAGUUAUCAACACAGCAAAGGCACCAGCUGCCAUUGGGCCGUAUAGUCAAGCUGUUCUUGUGAACAGUACACUCUAUGUGUCAGGGCAGCUAGGACUUGUUAGUGAGACAAUGCAGUUUGUAUCAGAUGAUGUACAAGCUCAAGCAAAGCAGGCCUUGCAAAAUAUGGGACAUAUUCUAGAAGCUGCUGGGACAAGUUUUGACAAAGUUGUCAAGACAACCGUCCUGCUUGCUGACAUAAACGAUUUUGCCAAAGUUAAUGAAAUCUAUGGUACAUUUUUCAAAGAACCCUACCCAGCGAGGGCUGCUUAUCAAUGUGCUAACCUCCCAAAGCUUGCAAGAGUUGAGAUUGAAGCAAUUGCAGUUGUCGGAGAUGUUGUCGAUGCUGCGCAGCCAAAUCUGUAGCUGAGACGUCGCUCAUCAGAAUUGCCAACAUUUUCCAUCAAUUUUCUUAGGUUUUUAUGAAUUUUAUUCGGGAAUCGUCAAAAUUAAGUGUGUAAACCGUUGAUUAAAUUGAUUUGGUAGUAAAAUCGUGAGUGAAGUUGCAUUGAAAAUGCCAGAAAAGUAGAAA